AUGUUCUUCUCCAAGAUUGCCGGGCUCUUUGUUCUCGCUGCCGCUGCUUCAGCCGACACAGUCGCCUACGACACCGGGUAUGAUGAUGGCAGCCGAUCCUUGACCGCUGUCUCCUGCUCUGACGGCGCCAAUGGUUUGAUCACCCGCUACGGCUGGCAAACACAGGGCGCUGUCGCCAAGUUCCCAUACAUUGGUGCCGCUGCCGCCGUCUCCGGCUGGAACUCUCCCCAGUGCGGUACUUGCUGGCAACUUAGCUACAACGGCAAAUCCAUCAACGUUCUCGCCAUCGACCAUGCCGGUGCUGGCUUCAACAUUGCCUUGGACGCCAUGAACGACCUGACCAACGGCCAAGCUGUUGCUCUGGGUCGCGUCGAUGCGACCGCCACCCAGGUUGCUGUCAGCCAGUGCGGCUUGUAA